AUGGUGAGGAACCAGUCCACAGUGGGCAAGGCCGACUCCAUCGGGGAGGCCAUCGACAAGUGGGAGACCACCGAACUCGAGAAGGUCGAGGCCAAGGCCAAGCUGCUCGGGUCCAUCUUCUGCGUAGAUCACGCUGAUAUGAAGGACCAGCUCUUGAAGAACAACAACGUCAUGGCGGGUAGUGUGGUGAAUUUGCUGGUCCACAACCAGAAGGAGGCCAGGAAGGUGCGAGUGCAGGAGAGCGAGAGGAAGAAGCGCAUUGCCCAGGAGGAACAGGCCAAGAGAGCCAAGGCACAAAAGCUUCGCGUCCAAGCCAAGCUCGAGGAAAAGCGGAAGCUUAUGGUGUGGGUCGUCAUCAGGUUCCAGCUCAUCCCGAAGGAGGAGAUCAUGACGAUCUACAAAGAAUGCGAUGGUGAUAUGGAGGCUACCAUCGACGAGCUCCUCUACCUCGUCGCCCUCACCGAGGCCAAGAUGCGCGAGGCCGAGGAAAAGAAGCGGCGAGCCGAGAUGGAAGAGCAAAUGCGACAGAGCCAAAGAAAGGAUAAGGAGAAGCAGGAGAAGAAGGCAAAGAAGGAGAAGCUGAAGAAGAACAAGAAGGCGGAGAGAGCCGGGUCCGGAUCGGGUUCCGUCAAUGAAGAAGAGCGCGAGAAGGCGGUCAUCAUGAACUUCAUCGAAUCGCUCUCCCACGGCGAAGUGACCGCCGAGCUCGCAUCAAUCGAGGACACGGCCGACAAGAACGCGCUGGCGGUCUCGCUCGCCCAGGAGCAGUUCGACUCUCUCACCAGGGAGGAGAUCGAGGAGGUGCUGGCCAAGCACCACUUCACGCUGACCGAGGAGGCGUCGGCCAACCUCCUCCAAGCUUCGGAGAACAAGCAGGUCCAGGUGCUGCUGCUCGCCUUCGACAAGGAGUUCGAGGAAUGGGAGAUCAGAGACCUCCUCAGCGACCACGACUGGGACGGCGCGGCGGUAACGGUGGCGCUCAACGCCAGGCUGGACGAGCGAAAGAAGAAGCGCGAGGAGGCCGAGAAGGAACGGGCCAAGAAGGCGCUCGAGGCCGAGGCCGAGGCCGCGCAGAAGCAGAAGACCGACGCCGCCGCCGCUGUUGCGGCCGCGGCCGAGGCGCAGAAGCAGCGCGAGAGUACGGCGCAGGCUGAGGAGCGCAAGCUGCAGUCGGAGAAGAGGCUGACGAUCCGGAGGGUCAAGAAGACCGAGAACCUGGGCAACCACUUCGAGAAGCAGAUGCGCGAGAGGCAGGAGGCCCAGGCCCAGCAGCAGCUGCAGAACACCGCGCAGCAGCAGCAGAAGUUCGAGGGCGCCAGGCAGCAGCUCGUCAAGAACCUCCAGGAAGAGCAGGAAAAGCCAUCAACACCCACCGCUGCCGCCACCUCCGCCUCCGCCGCAGCCGACAGCGAGUUCGUGGACCACUUCCUCGAGGUGCGGAAGGCGAGGGCGGUGGGCGCGAGAGGCCGACGAGCGCCGUCGAGGAAGCCGAGAGGGGCAACCACCAAGGAAGCCGAACCGGAGAGCGGUCAGGACGACUGA